UGAGGGGCAGAGGUAGAGCACCACCUAAGUGUCAGCUCCCACCCACUAGAAUAAGAUCUGCCCUUCACACACACCACCCGCCUGCCAGCAGAGUCACUAGAGUGUUGACCACAGGACAAUAAGCAGGGUUGGGAGCCUCGCUGUUCCUCAGACAGGAUGGGCCUCCUUCUAUUGCUUACCUCCAUGCUCCUGUCCAGCUACCUGCAUCCAUGGAGCGCGGCAAAUGCACAGCGAUUAUUCACAAUUAGAGACAUCACCCUGUCCAUACAGCCCAGCACUGAUGUGACUCGGGGCACCAAUGUGACUCUGAGAUGCCAGGCCAUCGUCAGCAGCUCUGGGCAGGAGGUGCUGAGUCGUGAGUACACCAUAUACAAGGACAGCCAGACAAUCUACACCAAGACCUCCAGCACCUCAGAGGAUCUCCUGUACCCUCUGCCCGAGGCCAGAGUCUCCAACAGCGGCAAAUAUAAGUGCCAGAUCAGCAUUGAGGGAAAACAAGUGACCAGUGAAGCCAAGAAACUCGCAGUAAAAGGCUUGUCGAAACCAAUUCUCCACCUUAACAAAGGUGUGGUAAGUGAAGGGGAGGAGAUAACGGCCAGGUGUACAGCGCCCGGAGAGACAGGCUCCAUUUUCUUCUACUUCUACGAGGGCUCCAAAGAGAUUGUGGAGAAGCAAGUCAACUCAAACCAGGCAGAGGCUAAGCUUCACCUUAGCAGCGUGGGCAUCCACAAAAUUCACUGUGCUUAUACUGUCCUUGUAACACCAGAGUCAUUCAAGUCAGAGGAAAGCAACAUCACCACUGUUUCAGUCAAAGAGCUUCCGAUCAAAGCAGUUUUGGAGAUUUUCCCGCAGUCCAAGAUCGAUGAAGGAGACCAACUCAACAUCUCGUGCACAGUCAGAAAUGUCUUCUACAGCUCUGAAACCUCUACCAGUAACAUCCACCUCUACCUGAGCCAGGGCAGACAACUUCUCAGCAGUGGAGACACAAAAGUCAACCACAGGAUGGUUGCACUGGCAAAGGACCCUGGAGAGUUUGAAUGCAGAGUGGAGAUGGGAAAAAUAGUGAAAACUGACUCAAAGAAUAUUUCGGUGACUGAGCUGUUUUCAGUACCCACUCUCACUAUAUCUCCUGCUGAAGUCUUUCAAAGGGACUACAUGACACUAACCUGCAAAAGUGAGAGCUCUGCCUCUGAGAGACUUAGCAGGGAAAAGUUGACUUACACUCUUGAUCCACCCGAAAGCCAGCUCAUCCCCAAAGGCAAUGGGGUAUUCUCUGGCAUUGCCCUUUCGAGUGAUUUCAACUAUACCUGUGUAGCUCAAGCCAAGGGCAUCACGAAACGCAGUGACAUCCUGACUGUACGUCCCAAAGUGAUGUCACAGUGUACUGACCACAUCCUGGACCAACAACCAAGGUGA